AUGCAAGUACAAUGCUCGGGUUUUUACUUCAGUAUUGAUGUGGACGAUGAGUCUCGCCUGAAAAAUGUGUUUUGGUUCGAUAAUAGGUGUAGACAAGCUUACAUGGAGUUUGGUGACGUAGUCACAUUUGACACCACUUAUCUAACAAAUAAGUAUGACAUGCCGUUCGUGCCCUUCGUUGGUGUGAAUCAUCACGGUCAAUCAAUAUUGUUCGGUUGUGGGUUGUUAUCAAACGAGGACACAGAUACCUUUGUCUGGCUAUUUAGGACGUGGCUUCAGUGUAUGCAUGGUAGAGCCCCCUGUGGAAUAAUUACUGAUCAAGAUAGGACUAUGCAAAAUGCUAUUGAGAUCGUGUUCCCAGAUACCAGACAGAAUAUAGAAGAAUUUGAAUCAACGUGGAAACAGAUGAUCGAGAAAUAUGACUUGAUGGAUAACGAAUGGUUGUCGGGGUUGUAUGUUAAUAGAACUCGUUGGGUUCCCUACUUUUUGAAAACCACGUUUUGGGUAGGGAUGUCCACAACUCAACACAGCGAGAGUAUGAAUGCAUUCUUCGAUGGUUAUGUCCAUUCCAAGACCUCGCUGAAGCAAUUUGUAGAACUAUACGAACGAGCGCUCAGGGAUAAGGUUGAAAAGGAGUUUCAGGCGAAUUUUAGGUCAUACUCACAAACUAUACCGUGUGCAACAAACUACGAAAUCGAAAAGCAUUUUCAGUCGGUUUAUACCAUUUCUAAGUUCAGGGAAGUCCACAAUGAAUUCAAGGGUAAGGUAUACUAUGAUCUCAUAUCUACUUCUGAGGGACCUCAUGAGACCACGUAUGCGGUGUGUGAGGAUGUCCUUUACGGUGAGCAGAGGAAGAAGAAAAUGUUCUCUGUCUCAUUCCAAAAAGAGACAGCUGACUUCAUAUGCAGUUGUCAUUUCUUUGAGUUCCGAGAUAUUGUUUGCAAACAUGCGAUCGCGUUGAGGUACGAUAGUAUGUGCAAAGCUUUUGCAGAGGUAGCUGACCUUGUUGCAGAGGACGAGGGCCGGGCACGUGCGAUAUUAGACUGGAUAAAAUUGCAAGCAAAAGAGCUUAUGACAAGAAAUUCCUGUGAUGCAAGGAAUAGCGUGAUGCAAUAG